UUUUACAGAUACACUUGGCAUGUUCAAGACAAAGUAGAUGCCAACAAUGUGGCCUACACAUCUGGAAAAUUAAGUCUACACACGGAUUAUCCAGCUCUCCAGUAUCCUCCAGGAAUACAGUUUCUUCACUGUUUAAAACAAGCCGAAACUGGAGGUGAGAGUGAAGUGGUAGACGGGUUCCAUGUCUGCAACAAACUGAAGGAGCAGAAUCCAGACGCAUUCAAUAUCCUCACGUCUACGCAGAUCGACUUUACAGACACUGGAAUUGAUUACUGUGAUUUUUCUUUGCAGUCCAAACAACGGAUAAUAGAGUUAGAUCAGAAUGGAGAUCUUUUGAAAAUUAAUUUUAAUAAUUCAACAAGGGACUCUAUACUCAACAUACCAGCAGAGAAGGUGCAGCCUUUUUACUCCUCCUUAAAAGAGUUUGUCAGCAUUAUGAAUAAGCCGAAGAAUACAUUCUGUUUCAAAUUGAAACCAGGUCAAGUGGUAACAUUCGACAACUGGAGGAUUCUGCAUGGGCGGAAGAGCUACCAAUCAGGGGCAGAUGUCUCACGUCAUCUUGAAGGCUCUUACCUUGAUUGGGAUGUUGUGAUGUCCAGACUGAGGGCCCUGAAGACCAAACUGCAAACUUCAAACUGA